UGCGCCCGCCCGCCGCACGAGCGCUCUCGCUGCGCACUCGCCGCCCCGCUUUGCAGUCCUCGUCGGUCAGCAACUGGUGAGCGACACGGCGGCUCGAGGGACCCUCUUUUCACUUAGAACAAUUGCGGUACAAUGAAGCUUUGCAUUACAUUACUGGUGGUUACAUUGGUAACCAGGGCUAUUGCUGCCCCAGGAGAGGAUGCAAUCACAGAUCUCCCAGGUCUGAAUCAUACCAUUGGUUUUCGACACUUCAGUGGUUACCUGGCUGGUGCGCAGGGGAAGCAGCUACACUAUUGGUUUGUGGAAUCCAUGCGGGAUCCAGCAAAUGACCCAGUGGUGUUGUGGAUGAAUGGUGGCCCAGGAUGCUCUUCUAUGGAGGGCCUCUUAGCAGAAUUAGGACCUUAUCUAGUCAAUGUGGAUGGCAAAACUCUCAGGGAGAAUCCAUAUGCUUGGAAUACUGUUGCAAAUGUACUUUUCCUGGAAGCACCAGCCUGUGUUGGAUUCUCAUAUGAUCCCAAUGAUGACUGUAGAACUGGUGAUGAUGAGACUUCACUCUCAAAUUAUUUAGCUUUACAAGACUUUUUCCUCCAUAAGUUCCCAGAGUACCGCAAGAAUGAAUUCUACAUCACAGGAGAAUCUUAUGCGGGUAUAUAUGUCCCCACUCUGGCUGUUAGAGUGCUUGAGGGCCAGAAGGACUUCACAAUCAACCUUCAGGGGUAUGCCAUUGGCAAUGGACUCUCCAGCUAUGAACUAAAUGAUGACUCCAUCAUCUUCUUCGCAUAUUUCCAUGGCCUCUUUGGUGAUGAGUAAGUUUCCAGUUUUUUC